AUGGGCGAUAAAUUAGAAAGUCAUUUUCCAACUAGUCGUCACUCAGACAAUUUAGACAUCGAUCGUGAAAAUCGGCAUAGAUGUUAUUGGGCAGGCUGUAGUAGGACAUUCAAGAAGAGAACAGAUUUUGAUUCGCAUUAUCGCCGUCAUACCGGCGAACGACCGUUUGAAUGUGAGUUUGAUGGUUGUAUAAAGAGUUACGUUAACGUAUCUGAAUUAAAUAGACAUAAGAAAACUCAUUACAAAAAUCCUGAUGAUGAUAAUAGAAGCGAAGACAAACUUAAGGAGCACGUGGCACUCCACCACAAUGGUGAAUCGUUCAAAUAUGACUUUUGUAGGAAAUCAUUUAAACGUUUGAAUAACUUCAAAAGACAUACUAAAAUUCAUGGAUUAAAACAUCAGUGCAAAUGUGAAGCCUGUGGGGUUGAAUUCGACAACUAUAUGGAUCUUCAGUUUAGAUGUCCAACCUGUGGAAAAAUUUAUAAGUCGAAUUCUCACCUUAAGAGGCACAUAACUACUCAUGGUAAAAAAAUGCAUAAGUGCCCAAGAAGAGAUUGUAGUAAAAUAUAUCACCAAGAAUAUCAGCUUAUGGACCAUAUUAAAAAGAUACACCUGAAAGAACGGCUCACAUGUCAUAAUUGUGGGAUACAGUACUCUAAUAAAAAAUCACUAAAAGCUCACAUUCUGAGGAUACAUUUAUUGAAAAAUUAA